AAGAAUCGAAUGCGAUUGAAAUUUCGCGCCAUUCGAGGACGAUCGUGGCGCCGCUGGACGGUGUCCGGUGGAGUCGAGCCGCGGCCCCGGCGGAGGGACGACGUAGCGAGGAAGCUAGAGCUAGGGAGAGCUAACGAGUGAGUGUGAGCAAGCGAGUAUACUACGAACACGAACGCGUUGCUGCUGCUAUUGCUGCUGCUGCUGCUGCUUGCCUGCGUGCUACAGCGCAACGCCAUUUUCUGCGCUCGCGGGUGAAGUCGUCGAUUCGCGUUUGUCCGGUCCGGUCCCGUCGUCGCGACGUCGGCCGACGUCGCCCACACGUUGAUCGCCGCAUCGUCUCCUGGCGAGGACACGAUCGGCCUUCUUCUCUCUCCCCUGAUUGCCCGCUCGGGUUCCACGUCCGGGAUAUGCGCGAACACGCGGCGGACAGCCGUGCGACGGAUACGAUGGUCUCGAGAGAGCGGUGAGUGAGUUACCGCGAGGAAGAGCAAGCAGGAGGAAUAAGCAGCCGGCAAGAUGCCGCUUCCGAAACGACUAGUGGAGCCCGUACAUGUGGCGCGCGGCACCAUCCCCGAGGACUUUCCGCUGCCAUCGGAGCUCGAAGCAGCCACUAACGGUACUCUAGCCAAUACUAUCAGACAAUUGUCAAGUCUAUCGAGGCACGCCGAAGAUCUGUUCGGCGAGCUGGCGAGGGAGGCGCACGGAUUGAGCGAUCGAGCCAACUCUCUGCAGGCUAGGAUAGAUCGUUUGGCCGUCAAAGUCACUCAGCUAGAUAGUAAUGUCGAGGAAGUUUCGUUGCAAGAUAUACACAUGAGAAAAGCCUUCAAGAGCUCUGUGGUGUUUGAUCAGCAAGUCGUCUCCAGAGACACGAUGCCGACGGCGAUGAUGGAGACCUAUCACCAAUGCGAUACGCCGCCGCCUCUAGACAAGCUUAAUAUUUAUAGAGAGGAUGGCAAGGACGGCUUAAAGUUCUAUACCGAUCCGAAUUACUUUUUUGACCUGUGGAGUCAGGAGAUGCUCAAGGACACGGAAAAGAAGUUGCACGAUCGAGGGAAGAAGAGCGAGUCUGAAUAUGCCGAACCGUUCAGAGAGCCGCAUAGGCCUCGGAAUGAAGGUGGCGGCGGAGGUGGCGGCGGCAGGCACAAGAAGCGCGUAAGACAACCGCACAAUACGAGGGAACGGCAACGGCAACUGGCUGUCGGCCACGGCGAGUAUAUCAUGCCGACGCAGACGGUGCAGUAUAGGGCGCCGCAUAAUGUGCAGCCCGGCGAUGACACGCUACUGGGAAUGGUGAUGACGGAUCCUAGGCCGCCCAGGCCUAACAGUAUCGAGCUCAGGCGAAGUUACCCCCCGGAAGAGCAACAUCUCUACAGCCCGCCGUCUUCCGACUACAGGGCAACGAACUACAUAGCUCAAGGCUACGAUGAAAACUCGUACGGAUCGCAUUAUGCUCCGGGUCAGGUGCCGGCCGGCAGCGAAACGUAUCAGAGUCCUGGCGGUCAGAGCACUCCGAGCCGUGGCGGCAGAUCGCGGCCAUCGCAGCCGCCACCGGCGCCACCGAGUAAUGCUUCUAGCAAUUCUACGCCCACGGUAGCGUCCGCCAACAACACUCCCACUAGGGGAAGAUCCAUGAGCACCGGUAGAGACACUCUACCACCGCCGCCCCCACCGCCAGGAGAAACCAUGUCUCCUCCUUCCAUGAACGGUUCCAUACCAUCGCACUUGCUGAAUAGGAACGGAAGUCGAACGGAUAGUCCUCUACCGAGUCAACGCUCGACACCGACGCCGCCGAACCAUUCGGGCCAGUUGGGCGUGGACGAAACCGACCCGGCACCCCAGGAUCUUCCGCCGCCUCCGCCUACUCCGGAUCCUACCCCUCCGAGACCCAUCUCUCCUCCAUGCAACAUUCCGCCACCACCACCGCCGCCUCCCCCUCCGCCGGUUGCUAACGGCCCAACGGCGCCGUUGCCACUUACGAAUGGCGACAUCGCGAAAAUGAUCGCGACCAAUCCGCCGAAGCUGAAGCCUCUGAAAAGCAUUGUGGACGGUCAAUUGAGGAAGCCUGUCAAUCCAAAUAUUCCACUGGUCGAUCCGCGAAACGAUCUGCUCAAGGCAAUUCGCGAUGGGAUAAAGCUGCGCAAGGUGGAAAAGAUCGAACAGAAGGAGGUGGAGCGCGUGAACGCGCUCAACGAUGUCGCAUCCAUCCUAGCACGUCGCGUUGCCGUCGAAUUCAGCGACAGCGAUUCGGCAUCGGAGAGCGAGUGCGACAGCGAAGGAUGGGGCGAACAGGAGAGCAGCAAUUUGGCGUGACCCAACUCCCUUCAAUCCGCCGCCGCCGCCGCUACUGCCUCUUAAAGAAAUGGCCGAUAAUUCUUUCGUUUCGACAUGUCAUCUCAAUGUGCCCCGUCGUGCUGUAGCGAGCUGAUCUAUUUGGUUCGUUUAUUAUCUUUAUGACCAAUUGUUCAUUUUUGAGGAUCUGCGAAACGCUCACACAUUAAUUUAAAUACGCGUUGUAUAUUUAAAAGUUGGAUAGCCUUCAGAAUUGUAGACCGAGGUAAAUUCUAAGUUAUAAGGUUACAAACUUCCUCUCAACAGAGAUCAUUUGGCACAAAGGAUACGUCGCAAUGUAAAGGUCUUAUAUACAUUAAUUUAUUAUCGUUUAUCGAACAAACAAAAGCAAUACAUUUUAGUUUUUAGUAUAUUCGCUUCUUUUCUCGUGUUAUUAAUAUGAGACAAUUUAAGAGACAUUUGCAUUACAUUUGAUUAUUGGUUUAUUAAUUUUUUACAUUGGAAGCAAUUUAUUAAAAAAUAUUUACUUUGAAAGGGAUGAAAGGAUUCAAAUUUCUGAACAAAAUUUUUUUUAGACGAAUCUCCAAAUUUUGAUGAUUUUAUGGAAUUGUCGUCAAUCAUAGCAUCAUCUUUCUAAGUUUUACGAGUCAAUCUGCAAUAUUGAAUGAACUGGCGAGUCAACCAAUGGACAUAGCAAUAGCAUUGUUUAAUUUAAUCAUUCUGUCCUUAGAACGUUCUCGAGGACGCGCCAAUUGUGGCCAAUUUAAUCGCGAGCGUAGCUUUCACCGAAUCGCGAUUCGAGUUUCGAAUGGGAACUCGUGAGCUUGCAAGAGCAUACGAUGCCAAGCUCACGCCCUAGUUGAUAACAGAAUUCGUAGAUGCUGUUGAUCCAGGUUAGAAAAUCUUGGAUAAACAGGGAAAUCCUGAAAACAAAACGAUUGACAGAUUGAACGCCACGUUUUUUUGAAAUUUUAUACUUUGAAAUAAAAUAUCUUGCAUAUUUCUUUGUGGUCAGCUCAAAAAAAUAAUUUAGAGAUAUUAAUAUUGAAGAUUAAUAACGUAUAUUAUUAUUUUUAUAAUAUA